AUGCACCUCACGUCUACCUUGCCCGACGCGCUUAGAAAGGUAGAAGCUGCCCGAGAACGCGUCCAGGAAGCCACAGCCAAGAGUGGUGAGACGAUUCUCAAAGCUGCGGAAUCGCUCUGGAAAAAGGAGAUUGAGAAGCCGCCACACACAUUUGCCCCCCGGGACACACUAUUAGCCAUGGUCCUCCCCAGUCCUCCCUCCUCGCCGUUACCACUAUCCCGACCGCUAGGUAAAAGGAAGAAACAAAUUACUGAAUGCUCCCAGAUAAGCAUCAUUCGAAGCUCCGUCGGGUACUCCCCUAAAUUCAAAUGCAUCAGGGGCAGAGCCAGAGCCAGCGCCCCCACCUCUAAGACGGCUCUUUGGGUGAAGGCCAAGCCAGGCAAGAAUGUGUCUUACAGUGGCCAACAAACGGACAACGCAAAAGAAUCGGGGGGUGAGGCCGCUACUACGAAUGCCAACACGAACACACCCACAGCUGGACCCCAUGCCGCUCCAGUCCCUGCAGCUGAACAGCACCCUGGCCCUCAACUCACUCACCCUCGACCCCCUGGCCCUCGACUCCCUGGCCCUCGAGCUGAACUCCCUGGCCCUCGAGCUGAACUCCCUGUGCAGAACCUCCUUGCUGCCAACGCACCGACCAUCCCGUUGCACAGGACUCGCUCCCGCCGAGGGACUGUGCAUCUUGCAGCGAGACCUCCGGCAACGUCGGAUCCCGAACUCACCCCAUUCAAUAGCUACGAACUACACGAUUCCGGGCACCCAGAUAAGGACUCUGCCCACCACCAGAACGCUGACAAAGUCUGCGACCAAAGUACCGACGAUCUCAGUGCCGACUAUCAGUGUACCGCCACCCCGUUUAGUCGCAGCUUGUGUGUGCAGAACCCACGCGGUUACGACCAGCUGAUUAACCAGUUUACUCCAGACCAAUCGACCAGGACUACCGGGCAGUCAGCUCCUACUCACAAGGUGCCUAGUCAGCUAGCACGUAAGCAGUCACUUCUUGGCCAACCAGCCCCUCGGAGCAUCCCCGUUGUGGAACUCAAGGCGUUCGAGGAUUGUUGUGGACUGGUCUCUACGCGAUGCGGCAGCAGUUAUGAAUCCCACAUUUAUUCGGACGAGUUCAGACGGUUAGAACGCAGUGAGAAAAAUGCGGCUUCUGGCACGGCGUCUCCGGUAAGAAGCCUACCUGUCGGCGCCUUCACCCCAGGCCUUCUGACCCGAGCCUUUUUCUCCAGCGCAAGGACGGGCGAAGGGGAGGUGAGCAAAGACGGUUCCCCUGCCGGUGGCACCUCCCCUACCAACGACGCUGUCGUUGGGUGGACCGGGACGGCUGGGUGGACCGGGACGGCUGGGUGGACCGGAUCCCGUGGCAAAGGACCGCCGUCCCAGGCGGAAAGCUCUCACGCGGGAGGUUCUCGUGCCGAAGGGUCCCGUGCGGAAGAGUCGGCGUCCCAUGCUUCGUCCUGUCGGCAUUCUUCAUCAUGUACGUCCAGCAAUUUUUCGGCCAGUCGGCCCUGGACCAAAGAGCAACGAGCAGCACAGCUUGCUUCGAUCAACAGCAUUUUGGACACACUGCAGAAACGACUUUUCAAUGUCCCCAACAGCAACUCGUCUUGGAUACCGUCACAACCACAUGACCCUGCCACUUCCCAGGACCACUGCACGCAGGAACAUUACACGCCGGACCAUUGCACGCAGGACCGCCCAGCAUCAAAGACUCCACGGAAGUCAGUGAGUGAUCGAACGAGAGUUCGGAGUUCACCGAAUACUGGACCCAGGGGUCCGUACGAAUGCCGGAACAAGCGUGCGGACCUCUGUCCGGACUUUUGUGUCAAAACUGUUCCUCCAUGCGGCUUGACCGCCAGUUCCGCAGCCGGAUCGAUGUCGAGCAGAGGCGAGCAGUUGAGUUGGGCCAGCAUCCGAUCCAACUCAUCGUCAAGCAACGAGACGGGAUUGGACAGACUCACAGAGGACACGCAGCACGUCCUGGAAAUGCUGCGCCGCAUUCCUCACCUCUCCAGCACGCCAGGGAAGGUGUUCGAGAAGCAGUCGCGGACUCGCACCCCCUCUCCGUUACGGCGACAAAACUGGCUUCGCACUCCGCAGUUCGGACCACCCCAGUUUGGACCACCCGAAAUCGGGCCGCCCUCUUCGCCCUCACGGAUCGCUCCCUACCAAGACUCAGGAGGAACACAUAAUCCUGGGCGAACACGUCACUGGGAACAUCACCGGGAACAUCACCGCGGAGGAACACAUCAUGGGGGGUAUCACCGUGUAGUGCCUUAUGAGCAACUUGAAAGGAUGGGCGCCGUCUGA